AGUCCGAUGUGCGCGCGCGCAGCCCGUCUCUACCGCCUCUGGAGACUCCGACGCAGAACUAGGAAAUUUAAAUUUUUCAAAAAAUUCUUCAGAAUACAGAUAUCGUUUUUAGAAAGACGGCAGUAGAAUGUUCUAGUAGCGUUGUCGGGAUAGUAAAAGUAUUGAGAACUUUUUGAAAAGUAGCGUUUUUUAAUUUUCAAAGUGCCAUUAUGAUCAUGUAUUUGGAAACUAUAGUUGUGUUUUUGGCAGUGGUAACACGUCCAUGUGUUAGCAAACCAGUGGCUGAAGACGCGUCGGUGGUGAGCGUGUACACGACGCUGCCUACCACCGCGGGGACAGGCGGGCUUGAUGUCUACCAGCAGAUUGCUACCAACCUCGCCGAGCGGUUUAGCGACCAUAUCUAUGGAUUCCUCGGCAUAGAGAAAAAUAAUACAGAAAAUGAAACGACAACGAAGAAGGCUUGGGGGAAAAUUGAACUGCUGGAUGACUCUGAAACCACUCCAAAUAUGGAAGAAAAUGAAAUCGAAACCAGAGACACUGAAGAGCUUAGCGUUGAAGCUUUAAACAACAAAAAUGAUAAAAAACCAGAAAAAGUUACUCUAUUUAAUAGCUAUUUACCUGUAAGUAGUCAUUACGAAGUGAAUGAAACCAAUAAAGAAAUAAAUGAAACCAAUGAAUCCGAAUAUGAAACCAAUAAUCAGUCAGAAGUGGAAUUAGACGAUCCUAUCACUUUGGAUGAUGUUGAUAUAGAUUCGGUAAAAUCUGAAGGUGUCGUUAUAUUUGUGUUAGAGUUUCUUGGGAGUCUAUGGCAGUUGGCUUGGGGGGCCAUUACGUCGAUAUUCAGUUCGUCUUCUUAGAUGCCAUUUUUAAGCACUUUUUAUAUAAUCAUCACAAUUUAUCCUUUAUGUUGUGUUUUUGUGCAAUAAAGCGUCUUUUUAUCAUCAUUGACCACAACACAGUGUUAGUGACAACGUACCGAGUACCGAUACUGAGGAGAAUGAUUCAGUUCAUGACGCAUAAAGUGAAAUUUUCCGUCGCAAUAUUCAUGAAAAUGUUAGUGUUUUUUUUUCAAAUUCAAAUUAUUUUCAGUUCCAUAUGAUGCGAUGACAAAUUCUUCAGUAUUCGGUACGAUGUAACAUGCUUAGUAGACGUAGCUGUUUAGUUGUUACGUUUAGCUGCAACUUAUUGUAUGGCUUAAACCAAUAGCAGUACGGUAUGUUUCGACACUGAUAUAUCUGUUUUAAUGGUCACCAAUGAUCUUACGUUAUAAUACCACCUGUAUCUACAAUAUUUAUGGAAUGGCAACACGGUUAUUGGUGCUAAUUCGCCUUUAACAUCAUCUAAUUUUACUUUGUUACACCUGUCAUUUUCUUAUCCGCCGAAAAGGAAAGGGACGGAUGAUAGACAGCUGCUAUUUUAAAAAGAAUGAGUGAAUGAAUGGAUAUACCGAAUAAAAUAGGUAUCUGGUAAGCAAACCGCUUGACGUUUGCUGUCAACUUAAUUCUGUCCGGUUGGCCAAUGUAAACUUUUUAGAGGAUUGUUUUAGAUUUUGUAUUAUUAUUCCUUAUGAUAUGUUUGUGCCUAAACUUAACGUGUGUUCCAUAAAUUUUAUGCCUGUCUAUUACCCGUCCCUUUCCUUUUCGGCGGAUAAGAAAAUGAGAGGUAUAACUUGAAAUAAAAUUAGAUGGUGUGUUAGAAACUGGCAACUAGUACCUGAGUUAGUACCACAAAUACUUAAUAGCUAGAACUGUUAUGACAUUAUAAAACGUAAAAAGGCAUUCACAUUUAUCAACACGGGGUGGAACAGGCUGUUUUUUUAAAGAUUAUAACGCAUUUUUUAAAUAAAUUUGCAGUGUGGCUUUUAUUAUAAGUGAAUUUAUUUAAUUUAUUUGUUAAAAGUACGCCUUAUGUAAGGUGUUUUUCGUGAUUCACGGCAGGAAUUGUAAGUAUUUACAUUUACUUAGCUGCAUGUAAUGACUUAAUUAUUAGUAUUAUAAAACAAAGAAAACUUACGUGUAUGUGAAAAUUAUAGUUAUGUAAAAUAUAUUGCAGUAUUUACGUUUGAAACGAUUAUCAAUAUUGUUUACUGUGUACCCACUUAGAUAGAUGUGUUUAAUAGUGUUCUAAGUCAAUAUGAUUUUCUUUAUUUUUUAUUUUACUUUUGUAGAUAUUUAUUUCAAUAAAAUAAGUCAUCAUAAUAAACUA